CGCCAGUCGCGGCGCCUUUAAGCGUCGCUGUGACACGUGUGUGAGGCGCCCGAGGCCCGGAUGGUGCGUGUGCGGGGCCCGGGCCGAGUAGACGCCAGCGCCGCGGGCCUGCAGCCGGGCCCGCCGAGGGCCGGAUUCUGACGCCUCUUCGGGACAACAGACUUGCAGCUUUGGUGAUUUCAUGGGGCGCAGCCAAGGAGCUCAUGAACCGGAGGGUCCUGCCCUGUGCCUGCCCAGUCUGGCCGGAACCUGACCCCAUGCUGCAGCCCCAACACGCCCGAGGUCAGCCGUCCCAGUGAUGCACCAUGCCCAUAGUCGAUAAGCUGAAGGAAGCCCUGAAACCCGGCCGCAAGGACUCGGCCGACGAUGGGGAGCUGGGGAAGCUUCUGGCCUCCUCUGCCAAGAAGGUCCUUUUACAGAAGAUCGAGUUCGAGCCAGCCAGCAAGAGUUUCUCCUAUCAGCUGGAGUCCUUAAAGAGCAAAUAUGUCUUGCUGAACCCUAAAACGGAGGGAGCGAGUCGCCACAGGAGUGCAGACGAGCCACAGGCCAGGAGACAGGGCAGCGAGCACGCCUACGAGAGCAGCGGUGAUGGCGUCCCCGCCCCGCAGAAAGUGCUCUUCCCCACGGAGCGGCUGUCGCUGAAGUGGGAGCGGGUUUACCGCGUGGGAGCGGGACUUCACAACCUCGGCAACACCUGCUUCCUGAAUUCGACCCUCCAGUGCUUGACCUACACCCCGCCUCUGGCCAGCUACCUGCUCUCCAAGGAGCAUACUCGCAACUGUCACCAAGGCAGCUUCUGCAUGCUGUGCCUCAUGCAGAACCACAUGGUCCAGGCCUUCGCCAACAGCGGCAACGCCAUCAAGCCCGUCUCCUUCAUCCGAGAUCUGAAAAAAAUCGCUCGGCACUUCCGCUUUGGGAACCAAGAGGACGCACACGAGUUCCUCCGGUAUAUCGUGGACGCCAUGCAGAAGGCCUGUUUGAACGGCUGCGCCAAGUUGGAUCGUCAAACACAGGCGACUACUUUGGUCCAUCAAAUUUUUGGAGGCUAUCUCCGAUCCCGUGUGAAGUGCUCGGUGUGCAAGAGCGUCUCGGACACGUACGACCCCUACCUGGAUGUCGCACUGGAGAUCCGGCAAGCCGCUAACAUCGUGCGCGCUCUGGAACUCUUCGUGAAGCCAGAUGUCCUGAGUGGAGAGAACGCCUAUAUGUGCGCCAAGUGCAAGAAGAAGGUCCCAGCCAGCAAGCGCUUCACCAUCCACAGGACAUCCAACGUCUUAACCCUCUCGCUCAAGCGCUUUGCCAACUUCAGUGGGGGGAAGAUCACGAAGGAUGUGGGCUAUCCAGAGUUCCUGAACAUCCGUCCGUAUAUGUCCCAGAGCAGUGGAGAGCCUGUCAUGUACGGGCUGUAUGCGGUCCUGGUCCACUCAGGCUACAGCUGCCACGCCGGCCACUACUAUUGCUAUGUGAAGGCAAGCAGCGGACAGUGGUACCAGAUGAACGAUUCCUUGGUGCAUUCCAGCAACAUCAAGGUGGUUCUGAACCAGCAGGCCUACGUGCUCUUCUAUCUGCGAAUUCCAGGCUCGAAGAAGAGUCCUGAUGGCUCCUUCCCCAGGACUAUCUCCUCCCCUCCCGGCCGUCCAGGUGUGGGUCCCGACCAUUUGAAGAAGAACGUUGGCAAUGGGAGCGUUGGCUCCCCGCUGACUGGAAAGCGACCGGACUCGCUGCCGACGAAGAAGCCGCCGGCCCCCGAGGAGGUUGGUGUGCCCGUUUCCAGAAACGGCUCCGUGUCGAGUCUGAAGUCUCAGAAUGGAUACGUUCCUCUGAAGCUGUCCGUGGGGGCCCCUUCCCCCCGACUCUCCAAAACACCCCCCCCAACACCAACCUCUCCGGAUGAGGCUGGAAAGAAAGUCAAGAAAUCGACUCCCCUGCGUCCCCUCUCCCCGUCACGCAAAGCUGCUCAGGGGUUCCACGGGACCAGCAGCGGGAACGGCAGCAGGAGCCAGAGCCCCAGGCAGGGCUCCUGGGACGGCAGGGCUGCCGCCCUCUCUACCUCACCGAGGCUCCCGGCCGGAGUGACUGCCAACGGGCACGGGCCCAGGGCGGGCGGCGAGAACCGCGAGCUCCACGGGAGGGGCUCUUGCAGCUCCAGCCCGGGCCGCUGUGCCAACAGCGACCCCGCCAAGGGCCCCCAAGCACCCGAGAGCGGAGCUACCCGCUUGGGGGAUUCUCAGGGAACACACAGAGCACUGCCGGACGGAGACGACUCCAGAGUGGCUAAGCCCAAGGCCCCUGUCCUGAGCAGCACCACCGCCGAGGCCGCAAACAGCAUGUCUCCUCCACCCGCCAAAAAACUGGCCCUUUCUGCCAAGAAGGCCAGCACCCUGCGGAGGGCAGCCGGCAAUGACCUCCGUCCGCCCCUCUCUCCACUGUCCGACCUCACCUACCCCAGGAAAACCACUCACCCCGUCGCCGCCGCCUCCUGGCCCGUCUGUGCAAUCAGGGCGCUUUCACCUGCUCCCAGACCAUCCAGCCACCUGAAGCUCCCCGUCGGUCCCCACUCCGUGUCACUGUCCAGUAGCCCCCAACCUCUCGGGACGUCAGACCCACAGAGCUGCUCCUCUGCCUCUGCUCCCCCACCUCAGGCCAAUGGGGGCUUCCAGGCCCCUUCACACCAGCUGCCAGAGGCCAGCAAGUCCCCCCGGGGCCUCUGUAAGAAGAGGAAGAGGAACCGCAGGGGAGAGAGCCAGGGGCAGGACUCAGAGAUGUGCACAGCCACGACAGCCUCUCCGGGGAAGAGGAGAAGGAGGAAGAGGAAGCGCACGGAGGCCCUGGACGCCUCCCCCCUGCAGGAGGGGCAGAGGCAGCCCCAGAGCGUUGAGCGCGGGAAGGAGGCCCGGGCAGAGGUGCCCACUGACAGACUAGAGGACGAGGGCGGACGGCUGCCGGACAAUGGCCGGCAGGUGGGAAGCGUGACUGACGGCCACCCCGUGAGCAGCAAGAAGCGGCGACGGAAGGGCACGGAGGGCCUCGGUGCGGGAGACGGCCUCCAGCGGGACCCGCCGUGGCACAGGAGCUGCUCUCCCUCGGACGUCAUCGAACUGGAGGCCACUGUAGCGUCUCCAAGGAAAAAGAAAAAGAAAAAAAGACAGCAGGAGUCAUGGCAGGAAGUAGAAGAGAAUGAGCAUCCUGAAGCCGGCAGGGGCGAGAGGCAGAGGGACUCUGCUCUCCCUGGUAGCCCGCCCUCCCCACCUCCGAACGGCAGGCGUCCCGGGAGCGGAGCCGGGCAGGCCCCGGCUCCCCUUGGGUCCUGGGACAGAGAGCGGGAGUCCGACGUGCUCCGGGAGCUGCUCAAGUAUUCGUCCGAUAAAGCUUACGGGAGGAAAGUGUUGACGUGGGGCGGCGAGGUGUCGGCCAUCAGUCAGGAUGCCAUUCAGGACAGCGCGUGGGCCCGCACAGCCACGGUCACCGAUGACUGGGACGAAGAGUUCGAUCGAGGGAAGGAAAAGAAAGUGAAAAAGUUCAAAAGAGAGAAGAAAAGAACCUACAACGCCUUCCAGAAACUUCAGAGCAGACGGAACUUUUGGUCUGUGACUCACCCGGCCAAGGCUACCAGCCUCAGCUACCGCCGCUGACGUGGCUGUUGUCGAGGUGGGUUAGUGCGGGGGAGGGG